ACGUGACAAUUACUUGUACUGUGGAACAUCACGUGAUCUGAGUGUCUGGUCCAUCAACUUCCUCGCUCACUUCUUCUCUCAGACACGUGUACCAGUCAGUAAGAUCAGUCCAGUAAUGCACUGUAACACUAAGAAGACCCCACGUGUCGUGGUGCUGGGAGAGGACAGCUCAGUUAGACUUCUUUCAGCUCUCAGUGGUAAAGGUAUAUCUACAAUACUACCCCCUCCUGACAUCAGUCCUCUUAACAAGAUUCUAGAUGUGAGCUACAGCAGAUACUACGGUCUCAUCUUCCUCCUGAUAGACAGUCUCACUAUAUGGGUCUACACUUCAAGGACAGACCCCGCAUCUCGAGUGGACCAUUGGGAGGAAGAUGUUUUGAGGCUGAUGCUCCAUACUGAGGACGUUUCUGGAACUCUAGGAGUAACCUGUUCUAUCCAGAUAGUUUAUUGA